AUGGUUCUCCGCAUCCUUGAGCCGCUUGUCAUAAACAACCCGCAAGUUGUAGGCAUCGCUAUGGCUCCGAAACGGAAACCCACAGAGGACAUUGGAACGUUGCCGCAGAAGAGGUCUCGCAAAGGUGCUGCGGAGAAGACUGCCGAGCAGGAUUAUGCUUCAGACGAUUCAACCGAUUACAAGGUCAACUACACCGACAACGGCACGUUAAGGGCUGAGAGCGAGGCUCGCCGCGCUUGGAACUAUGUGUGUCCAACCUGCUCGCAACGCUUCAACCGACCAUGUCGCCUCGAGACGCACAUGCGAAGUCACAACAAGGAGCGACCGUUCGUCUGCACCGAGCCCGGCUGCGACAAGACGUUUCCACGAAAAGACCACUUACAGCGCCACCUAAAGAACGCCCAUAGCGACCCGGCAACCGAGCGAACGUUCACAUGCGAUUGGAAUGGGUGUGGCAAGAGUUUCACCUCCAAUGGCAGGCUCCAGAGGCAUCGAGACGUCCACGAGUCCAAGUUCUACUGCACCGACUUUCCACCGUGCAACGAAGCGUUCAGGAAGGCGAAGGCGUUAGAGGCACAUAUCAAGAGUCAGCACCUGGAAGUCAAGCCCUACACCUGCCCUCGUGUGGAUGAAGAGACAGGCGAGAGAUGCACGAGUGGCUUUCAGACUGAGGGAGCAUUGCAGCGGCAUAUGCAAAGGGCACACGCAUACACGCAAGAGCAGGGUCACUUCUGCAUGCUAUGCGUGACUGGUACGGAACCGGAAACAAUGCAGACCGAGUCUGGGGAAACAGUCACAGUUCCCGCGCAACUUCCGUCAUUCGCUACGAAAGAAGAGCUAGAGGCGCACACGAGUGAGUGCCACCCACCUGUGUGUGCAGAGUGCGGCCAGAAGUUCAAGACUGCAUCCAAUCUAAAGACGCACUUCGACACAGCACAUGGCGACCCACAAGAACAAUCGCAGUAUGCUUGUCCCAGACUAGGCUGUGAGAGUGUCUUCAACCGGAAACACAACCUCACUGUCCAUAUCCAGACCGUCCACGAUAAACAAUUCAAGUACUCGUGUACAUCAGAUGCUCUGCAGAAUUCCAAACACGCAGAUCUGAAAGCCUGGAAUGGCGAGAAUGCAUGCGGCGCUUCCUUCAAAGCGAAGUCGUCUCUCGAUCAGCACGUACGGACACACCACCUUGGUCUCGGCAACCGCAAACAGUUGCGAAAAGCUGCAAAGUCAAAGAAGAAGUCAGAGCCCUCGAUGCUGACCAUGCUUACUGGAGUUGGCUAUGAACAAGGCCGAGAGAUCCCUUGUUUGGUCAAGACAUGUGAGUAUCGCUUCUACAUGGACCGUGAUCUACGACGUCAUCUGCUCGCCGAACACAACAUCCCCGAGGAUGAGAUUGAGGAGAUGAUUCAAGAGCGUGACGCCAUUAGUGGAGGACAGUUCUGGAUUGGUGGUUUCGAUGAUUCGAUGAAUAUGUUCGACUCUGUUACGCCAAGCAUGCCAGAGACGCCGGUUCAAUAUUUCAUGGAAGGUAACACCUCCGUGCUACCUUACCCUGAUCCUAAGGCCAUGGAUGCACAUCAUGGCUUCUUUGACCAGCAGUUCGAUCAGCUCUCACUUCUAAAGGACGAUAAUGAGAUGGAUGUAGCAAUGGGCUUGGAUCAUCUGCCACCAGCUAUGGAUGCCCAAGAGGGCUUGCAAUGGGAUAUGCUAGCUCCAGUCGAGCAAUACAACAGCGAUCUCACUCGGGGCUGA